CAGUGGCCUUUCGGAAGCAGAAGGUGACUUGUCUCUACUGCCCUGCUAAGAAGUGGAAUUCUUUCAGCCAUGAAGCAUGUGUUGAACCUUUACCUCCUGGGUGUCGGGCUCACCCUGCUCUCUAUCUUCGUUAGAUUAAUGGAGUCACUGGAGGGCUUACUGGAGAGCCCAUUGCCUGAGAGUUUUUGGACCACCAGAGGUCACCUGGCCAGUACACAGCACCCCAAGGGUCUUCCAGACCACCCAUCCAGAGGGGUGCAGUAAGGCCACCCCUGAGGACAGUAACUUUGGAACACUUUAGG